CCCGGCGGCCCGGACUGCCCGGCCCCUGCACCCAGCCACUCCCAGGGCCCUGGUGGCCCCAGCUGCCCACCCCCUGUGCCCGGCCUCAACCAGUGCCCCUGCGGCCCGGACUGUCCAUCCCCCGCGUCCGGCCACCUCCAGGGCCCCAGCGGCCCCGACUGUCCACUCUCCCUGCCCAGCAUCAACCAGUGCCUCUGCGGCCUGGACUGUCCGCUCCCCACACCCGACCUCCCCCGAGGCCCCGGCGGUCCGGACUGUCCGAGCCCCGCAUGCAUCCACACGCAGAGCCCCUGCGGGCCCGACUGCCCCACCCCCCCGGCCAGCCAGGCUGCGGAGCUCCCGCCCCAGACCCCUCCGCAGGCCCGCAGGUCAAGGCGUGCCAAGAUCACUGGCCGGGAGCGCAAGGCCAUGAGGGUCCUGCCGGUGGUGGUCGGGGCCUUCCUGCUGUGCUGGACGCCCUUCUUCGUGGUGCACAUCACGCGGGCCCUGUGUCCUGCCUGCGCCGUGCCUGCACGGCUGGUCAGCGCCGUCACCUGGCUGGGCUACGUCAACAGCGCCCUCAACCCCAUCAUCUACACCAUCUUCAACGCCGAGUUCCGCAACGUCUUCCGCAAGGCCGUGCGCGCCUGCUGCUGAGCGGGCACUGGCCCGCGGGG